AUGGAUGGUUUAAAGCCCAAAGUCCUUUUGUUUGAUAUUGGCGGUGUUUGUGUUAAAUCACCCUUUCAAGUAAUCCUAGAUUAUGAACUUGGCUUGGGAAUCCCGCCCGGCUGGGUGAACUAUUCCAUCUCUAAAUCUGGUCCCACAGGAUUCUGGCAACAGAUUGAACGUGGGGAUAUCCCUAUGGAUGACGCUUUCUUUGAAGGGUUUACCAAAGACCUUCAUGUGCAAGAACGAUGGGAGGAAUUCUACAAGACACAACAGGCAAAGGACCCUCGCCUAGCCAAAGAAAUCCCUCCAUUGCCAGACAUUGAUGGCAAGUGGCUGUUCAACGAGAUGCUGUCUGGCUCUGGCCCAGAUGCGUAUGACCCUUGGAUGUUCCCGGCACUUCAAAAGCUCAGAGCUAGCGGAAAGUACAUACUGGCAGCAUUAAGCAACACGGUCAUCUUCCCACCGGGUCACAAAUUGUACCAGGAAGACUUCUUUGACGAGCCGGUUCGCCAGAUAUUCGACAUAUUCAUAUCAUCAGCCCAUGUUGGUAUCCGCAAGCCAGACCCAAAAAUGUAUCAGCUGGCUCUACAGAAGCUCAAUGAUUUUGCCAAGGAGAACGCAAACGACCCGCGGCAUCAAGGGAAAGGGUGGGAGACCGGAAUUUCACCGAAAGACAUUGUUUUUCUGGAUGACAUUGGCGAGAAUUUGAAAGAAGCGCGCAGACAAGGGUUCAACACAAUCAAGGUUUACUUGGGGAGAACGUACGAGGCGGUUGAAGAGCUGGAGAAGAUUACAGGGCUGGCGCUUGAGGGACCGCAUCCAAAGAUACCCAUCAAACCGAACUACGAGCCACGGGCCAAGAUAUGA